AUGAAGAACGUAUCGGCUAAUGCGUAUGCGGCAUCGGGCGUAGACCUAAACGCCGCGGCACGCGCAAAACUCCGCAUUGGCGAAAUCGCGAAAUCGACUUAUGGGCGAGGAGUAGCGUCGGCUCCGGGUGGAUUCGGUGGGGUUUUCGAUGUCGAUCCGAAUAGCGAUUAUCUGACGGUUUCCAGCACCGAUUCGGUCGGAACCAAGUUGCGGAUCGCACAGGCCAUGGGACGGCACGACACGGUUGGUGUCGACAUCGUGAACCACUGUGUUAACGACAUCUUGCCAGCCGGCGCGGAACCGAUGUAUUUCCUGGACUACAUCGGGCUGAGUGGAUACGAUGAUGAACUUAUUGCCGAGCUAUUGACGGGAGUUGCUGCGGCCUGCGUCGAAAACGGAUGUGCUCUAAUCGGCGGAGAGACGGCGUCGUUGCCCGGGAUAUAUCACGGCGAUGACUAUGACUUGGUUGGUUUUAUAGUCGGCCGCGUGAAACGUGAAGACCUGCUGCGGCCAGAAUCGACGGCAGCUGGCGAUGCACUUCUAGCUUUGCCGUCCAGCGGUUUGCACACAAACGGCUACUCGUUGGUGAGAUCGAUCUUCGACACCGACAAUGAUCCGAGCGCGCUGCGCGAUAUAUUGCCGCGAGGCCGCGAGACAUUGGGCGAAGCACUUCUGCAGCCGCACAAAUCGUAUCUGCAACAACUGCAACCAGUUUUGGGUAAAGUGAAGAGCCUGGGACAUAUAACUGGCGGAAGUUUCGCGAAGAACGUGCCGCGGGCGUUAGCUCCGAAUGUCGGAGCCGCUCUAGAUGCGAGCACGUGGUCACCACCUCCGGUGUUCGCCUACAUUCAAGAACAUGGGAGCAUCGAAGACGAGGAGAUGUUUAACGUAUUCAACAUGGGUGUCGGCAUGAUUGUUUGUGUGGCAGCUAGCGAUGUUGAAUUUCUAUUGACCAAGCUGGGUGAUGCUUGGGUUAUUGGCGAAGCGACCGGCUACGAUGGCACAGGUCAACGGGUUGAGUGGCGGGUCUGA